GCGGAGAGCGACAGCCAUGAGGGAGGAGGUCAGGAGCUCGUCGGCGGCGCCCGCCGACCCGCCGCCGCGGUCGGCCUCGCCACCCGCCACCCCGGUCGCCAGCUCUGCUGGUCCUUCAUCGCCUCCCGCACAAACGAAUGUAGUUACCAUGGAUUGGUUAGGCAGUGAGCAGUUAUCUAAAGUGGGGUCAUCAUCACUGGCUGCUUCACUUCCUGCUCAGCCUUCUCUCAGUACUAAUGCUGUUGGAGCUGCUAUGGAUUUCUCGCAAUCAUCAUGCAGACCAUGGGAACGAGGAGACUUACUUCAUCGACUGGCCACAUUUAAGCCCUCAACAUGGGCUUCCAAGCCAAAGGCUGCCAGUUCACUGGCUUGUGCUCAAAGGGGAUGGGUGAACAUUGACGUGGACAAAAUUGAAUGCGACUCAUGUGGCGCACAUCUUAUAUUUACUGCACUGACAUCCUGGUCUCCUGCUGAAGUUGCAAAUGCUGGAGAAGCCUUUGCCGAACAGCUUGAUGCAUCACACCAGAAUGAUUGUCCCUGGAGAGGGAAUAGCUGUGCUGAUAGCCUAGUGCAGCUCCACUUCAGCCCAUCAGCUCUUCUUGGUGGGUUUAAAGAUCGCUGCGAAGGGCUGUUGCAAUUUAUAUCUCUCCCUGUUAUUGCCUCUUCUGCAAUAGAGAGUAUGAAGCUCACUCGGAAUCAUCAGAUUGUGCAUGUGUUAUCCCAAUCAAUUGCGAUUCUGUGUGGGGAGUUGGGUUACAAAACAGACGGCACAGCAGGAAUUGAUGUCAAUCAUCAAGAUGAGACCUGCAGCUACUCUCAAGCGCAGAAGCUUAUUAGCCUUUGUGGAUGGGAACCUAGAUGGCUUCCAAAUGUACAAGAUUGGGAAGAAAACUCAACCCACUCUGCAAAAAUUGCAGCCUCGGCUGAACCAGAUAAAUCUUCCCGCUUUGCUGAGCAACAGCAAAAUUCGUACUCCACAUCAGUCAAGAAAGACAAGGGGAAAGGCAAACUACAUGUGAAAGAUUCUGGAUGCAGUUUGAGAUCACCUUUGCUGGAUUGCAGCUUAUGUGGAGCUACAGUGAGAAUCUGGGAUUUUACAUCUGUGCCACGUCCUGCUCAUCUUAAUCUGGGUAACAUCGAUGCACCUGAUGCAGGGACGAAACCUCUGUUAGCACGUGGAAUUAGUGCUACAAGUGGGAUCAAUGGAUGGGUUGCUGAAGGAGCAGAUAAGAACAAUGUUGAAGGACGUGAUGAAGCAUGUACUGAUGAGGGAAAAUCAAUGUCAAAUGCUCGUGUUGACCUAAAUCUGACAAUGGCAGGAGGGUUGCCACCAACCCAUUCUGGGAUGCUCUCAGUGCUUGGAAAUUUCAAUAACGGAGGAAUGGGAAUAGAUCUGGUGAUCGGUCAACCUUCCGGAAGUGAGGCUGGUGGCUAUGCAGCCUCAUUUGAAUCUCGUGGUCCCAGUUCAAGGAAGCGUAAUAUAGAGGAAGGUGGGAGCACAGCUGAUAAGCCAGUAAACAGGCUUCAGCCUGCUGACAGCAUAGAAGGGACUGUUAUUGACCGUGACGGUGAUGAAGUUGAUGAUGCUGCACAAAAUUCAGAUAUUCGGAGCAAAAGGCAACGUGGCUUUAAUCUCUUUGAUGUCCACCCACCAUCUUCUUCUGGAGCUGGUCCCAGCAGAAAUUUUAGUCUUGAGCUGGAUAUAGAUGUCAAUAGAACUCAGCCAUCUAAAGCCGAGGGUCCAUCUGCCCUUCACAACUCAUCUGCUAGAGACUCCAUGAGGGCAUCUUCUGUUAUUGCAAUGAAUAUUAUUCAUGGUGCGGAGGAAAAUUCAAUGGAGAGUGUUCAAUACCAGCCAUGUGAUGGUGAUGAUGUUGAGAAGCCUUCAAGUGCACUCAGGAGUGGUGGAAUGAGCGACACAUUGGAUCUCAACUAUAGCAACCUAGCACAGGAGAGCAGUUUUGUGCAUCCUGCUGCUGACAGUAAUGCAAGAGAUAUAGGAGGGAGCAGUAUGAAUGGAGGGGAAGAAGUCCUCAAUGCAGAUACAGCUCCCAUUUUGGCUAGAGAUCAACUUAGCUUGGGAGUUAGCGGAGGGAGUGUUGGAAUGGGUGCUAGUCAUGAAGCCGAAAUUCAUGGAGUCGAGGUUUCUGAACAUAAAACUGAGAGUGUUGUCGGAGAUGUAGAACCAGUUCCUGAGCUUAUUGAAACCAUGGGGCAGACUGGUGAAUCAGCCCCUGGGCCUGGAAUGAUGGAUGAGUUUGUCCCUGAAGAUGUUGGCCGAGAAGAGCCUCAGGGUGAUAGCCACGAUGUGGUCUCUAGGUUAGUGGGCCAAGUUGACAGUGGUUCAACUAAAGCUGAUUCUGUUGAGAGUGGAGAAAAGAUGAGCCAUGCCAGAGGCCAGGAGAGUAACCUGCAACAUUCUCUUUCUUGCAAUGCCAGAGUUUAUUCUGGCAUCGAUCUAUCUAAAGAUGAAGUGACUCAGACUGGCAAAAUGCUGACUAAGGAUGAGUAUGAUCCAGGAAAUGAUCUUGGAGCAAUGAAUGGAGAAAAUGACUAUGGAACAAGUCUUCCAGAAUUUGAUCCAAUUAAGCAUCACAACAAUUGCUGUCCAUGGGUAAAUGGAUAUGUUGCCGCUGCUUGCUCUAUCAAUUCUAGUUCCAUCACAAAUAGCUCAGCAUUUUGUGGCUGGCAGCUUACACUAGAUGCACUUGAAACUGUCCAGUCUCUUGGGCAAGACCAAACUCAAGCCAUGCAGUCAGAUUCUGCAGCGUCACUAUAUAAGGAUGAUCGGGUUGCACCAAGCCACAAGCUGCCAAAAAGGCCAAAACACAGCAAGUGCUAAUCGAAACGCCCCUGACUAGGUUUGGGCCCAACAUGCAAGAAGAGCUCAAAAAGCGCAAGCAGGCGGCAGAAGAGGAAUAAGUUGAGCCUUUUGCUUUUAGCCAUCAUUGUAGAGUGUAGAUGGGUUUGACUUUUGCCAAGCUGUGUGUUUUCCAUUUAUGUUGUUUAUAUAUGUACUAUUCUGAGAGAUUCAGCGAGUCUAGAAUUCUGUACCCUAUGUUAUUUCGUCGAGGACUUGUGCAAGUGAACAGCAUUUGGCUCAUUUGACCAUAAUUUAACUUCCUUCUGUUGUUA